AUGCUUUGCGGAAUUUCGGGCGAGGCGCCCCAGGAGCCCGUCGUGUCCAAGAAGUCGGGUGUCGUUUACGAGAAGCGCCUCAUCGAACAGUACAUCAACGAGAAUGGGACGGAGCCCAGCACAGGCGAGGCCCUCGCUGCCGAGGACCUGCUGCCCAUCAAGUCGUCUGCCAUAGUCCGGCCGCGGCCACCCACCCUGACCUCGAUUCCUGCCCUGUUGGCGACCUUCCAGAACGAAUGGGAUACGCUGGCGCUGGAGACAUACAACCUCAAGGAGCAGCUGGCGCGAACACGCGAGGAGCUUGCGACCGCGCUCUACCAGCAUGACGCCGCUGUUCGCGUCCUCGCGCGGCUGACGCGGGAGAGGGACGAGGCUCGCGACGCGCUGAGCAAGGUUGCCAUUACGGACGGCGCGAUCAACGGCGACGAGAUGGCCGUGGAUACGGUCGAGGCGCUGCCCGAGGAGCUGGCGGAGCGCGUUGACGAGACGCAUCAAAGUCUAUCAAAGGGACGCAAGAAGCGACCGGUGCCCGAGGGCUGGGUCACGGCCGAUGAGAUCUCCGCGUUCGAGAGCGAAGCUUCCAACUCCCUGCCCUUGUCGCAGGCCACGUCUCUUAGCCUCGAAGGCGACUACGCUGCGCUGGGUGGCCUCAAGGGCGAGGCCGCUAUAUACUCUGUCGAGGCCGACAAUCUGGAACGGCAAGUGGCCGUCAACGAGCCGGUCACCGACACGCUGUGGUCUGGGUCGAAACUGUUCUUCGCCACGAGCAAGGGAACUGUCAAGGCGUACGAAGCUGGCAACGAGGUUGCCGCCCUGUCAGAACAUGCUGGCCCUGCGACGGCACUGAGUGCCCACCCUGGUGGCCAGAUUCUGGGAUCCGUGGGCACGGAUAAGAGCGUCGUCUUCUACGAUACGGAGACGAUGAAGCGUGUGAGCCGCGCGUAUACGGAUACUUCUCUGACGACAUGCGCGUUCCACCCCGAUGGCCACCUCUUCGCGGCUGGUACCGUGACCGGCGAUGUCAAGCUGUUCAUGACCAAGUCUCUCGAACAGGCCGCGGCCUUCAAGCUGGGCGCCCCGGUCCAAGCUCUCGCAUUCUCCGAGAACGGCUUUUGGCUCGCAGCCACGGCCAAGGGCCAGACGACUGUCACCAUCUUCGACCUGCGGAAAGAGGGAGACGCGGCUACGGCCAAGGUACUGGAAGUGGGCGGACCGGUGCAGUCGCUGGCCUGGGACUACACGGGCCAGUACCUGGCGACGGGCGGCGCAUCCGGCAUCACGGUCCAGCAAUACGCAAAGUCGAGCAAGAAGUGGAGCGAGCCAUUCCGGAACUCGGUGCCCGCAGUGGCGGUUCGGUGGGCGGCGUCGGCGAAGAAGCUGGUGGCCGUCAACGGCGAUGGCGUCGUGAGCGUGUUUGGUGCCAAGGCAUAG